AUGGGCCAGGUCGGUCUUGCCGGCGCAUUCGCAGGUCUCACUUUAUUCAAUAACUCUACCGCUGUCUCAUUUGACCCUUCUACGUCCUCUUUACUCUCUCGUACCGGUCAAGGCGCCCUAACUACCCUUGGCACUACAAAUUCAGGCGGUGCGAUCGACUCAGGUUGCGCUAUCAAUGACAUCUUCUACUUCGCCGGAUCCUUUUCAUCUAUCGGCAAUACCUCCGCCACCAACAUCGCCUCCUACACGCCUUCUUCUAGCGUGUUUGCUGCGCUUGGAUCUAAUGGGCCAAAUGGUCAAAUAUAUUCGCUUUAUUGCGAUGUAUCCAACAGCCAGCUUUGGGUCGGCGGGCACUUCACGUCGCCUGGUUCAUCUGUAGCUAUAUGGGACACCAAGUCCAACUCUUGGUCCGCGCCCCCAUUCAAAGGUUUCUCAGGUGCUGCCGCAGAGGUCCUUUCAAUCACAUCCAACUCCUCGGAAAAUAGCCUUCUUUUUGCCGGUUCAUUCAUCACUUCUCUCGCUGCGAAUACCACUGCAUUGAAUAAUACCAAUAAUCCCAAUGUCCCUUAUUCUCCUGGGGCUACCCCGUUCUCUUCAUCACUCGUUCCUGUUCCUCUCGAAGGCGCGGAAAUUCUGGGAGAACCAUCAUCAUCUGACCCUCAGUUCAGCGAUAUUUUGAAUAUCCUCUGCCCUGCUGGUCCUGAUGGACCUGGCAACACGUGGUUGGCUGCGAACGGGAAUGACGCUGUCAUUACUGUCCGUGACUUCUCGUCUAUCAAUGCCUAUGGCGUUCGCCUUGGCAACACGUUCCAGAGCGGAUACGGUACGACGACUUUCAGUGUCACGUCCAUUCCAGACAAUACCGUCCAGACCUUGACGUAUGUUAAUCCAUCAACGGGACAGAAUAUGACAUGCUCAGCUAGCUGUCCUUUGUCGACCGACUCAUCAAUCUUAUACCAGGAUUUCAUUUUCACCGCUCCGGUGACGUUGACUGGUAUGCAGAUCACUCUAUCAGGUUGGACGGGUGCAGCUCCCGGUCUGCAUAUGCUACAGCUCCUUUCCUCCGGCGCGUUCGCAUCCGCAAUUAGCAGUGAUAACGCGCAAUCCUGCUUUGCACCUAAUCCAUCCAACACCACUAGCACAGGCCAGUGGACCACCAAAAACUCUACCACCAAUAUCCCUGCCACACUUCAAACUGUCCUCGUGUCCACAGUGGAUGUUGGCACGUCUCCCUCUGAUGCUCCCAGUUUUACAUGGCACCCAUACGUCUCUGCGUCCGGCCAGUAUGACGUAUAUCUUGUUAUUCCGGGCUGCGCAGACUUCCAAGAUUGUGACCUCCGCACAUCUGUCCAGGUUACCGUCUUCCCAGGCGGCGGAACGCAGCCUUGGGUGUCUACUGUUUCGCAGCAGGUUCAGACCGACACGACCGUACUUGUCUACAGUGGUUCAAUUGUUCCCUCGUCCACCAACUUCGUGACUACCGUAUCCAUGACACUCGCGAGUAACCCCGAAGGUAGUGGGCAGGGUGGGGAGUACGAGCUUGUCGCUGGUAAUGUCGCAUUGGUGUUGACGUCGGCGAGUGUGACAUCCGCUGCCGGGUCUGGGUCGUCUGGGUCAAACUCCACUAGCAGUUCUCAGCAUGGCUUCGGUUUCUUCGAGUGGCCGUUGAGCUCCAGUGCGAGCAUUGACGCUACUGGAACCAUUCCUAACACAAGUGAGACUUCUUUGGACACGGUAUCCAUUGAUCUCUACAACGCCCUGGGAGCUACAACUUCUACCACCACGUCCAUAGCAGCUGUCGCACAGCACCCGUCUGGCACCGUUUACCUAGGCGGCAAUUUCCAGCUUAUCUCUGGCUCGACAAACGGCGUCUCAAACAUCGUCGCAUUCAAGAGUGGAUCAUUGAUUGCCCUUCCUAGUAAUGGUCUUAACGGGCCUGUAACCUCUAUCGUGUUAAGCGGCAACGAGCUCUACGUUGGCGGCACUUUUACGGAUACCAACACAGCUUCUACGCAGGGCAAACUUAAGGGUGUAGCCAUAUAUGACGUUAGCUCCAAUUCGUGGAAGACGAUGGGCGCAGGAGUCAAUGGUGUAGUCGCUAGCCUUGCGCUCGCCAACAGGCAAAUCGUGGUCGCAGGCAAUUUCACUGAGGCACUCAAUUCGUCGGCUGCCGGUGUCACCGCCGGUGGUUUGGCCACCUGGGAUGUCAACACUGGAUCAUGGACGAACAGCGGUGGGUUUGUAGUGGGCAACAUGUCAUUCGUCGGCAACGGUACUUUGCCUGCAACGGGUCAGGAACAAACCCAGUUCGUCGCGGGUAGUGUGCGUACUAUGGCAGAGUAUGGUGCCAGUGGCCUCGUGAUGUUGUCCAAUGGUGGAAGCACUGGCCCUCAGGUGACACCAAUGGGUAUCCAGCUUGAAGACAGCAUUACGAAUGUGUCUUCCCCUGCGACCGUAACGAAGCGUCACCCCCACAUCCGUCGCGGACCCUCCGCAUGGAUAUCUCACCUCAAUAUUGGGACCAUAUUUACUCGGCAGACCACAACUACAUCUUCAAGCGCUCUGCCGCCCUCCCCGCCCGCUCCUGCUCCCGCUGUCCUUGCUGGGGCGUUCUGGACGAAUGUUUCCACUUCCCAUGAGGUAGCCAUCAUUGGAGGCAACUUUUCAUUCUCCUCUUCUUCUACGACCUCGUCCGCUGUUGCCAUCUAUGAUACUGUUACGUCUUCAAUUUCCGCACUCGCUGGUACUCAGAUCAAUGGCAUCGUCCGUGCUGUUUAUGUCGAUCAAAAACAACAGCUCUUCGUUGGUGGUGAAUUCAGCCUCACUGGCACCACAGCGAGCGGAUUGGCUCUUUACGACCUGUCUGCUCAGCAGUGGGAUACAUCCUCUAUGCAACCAUUACAGCCUUCAGCAGGGUCUUCGGUUGUAGUUCGCUCGAUAACGACGUCAAUCUAUAAGUCCGAUGCCGUCAUUGUAGCUGGUUCUUUCGCGCAGGCUGGUUCAGUGUCUUGCCAAGGGAUUUGUCUAUUUGAUACCUCGUUGAACCAGUGGAGCGCGCUCGGAGGGGGUAUUCAAGGAGAUAUCUCGUCUGUUUCAUAUGCAGGUAAUAAUCAAGACAUCCUGAUUGCCGCUGGAUCUAUCACAUUGUCGGGCGGAUCGACUACCAAUGUCGCACAGUAUUAUUUUGCGAAUGCUACAUGGGCCGCCGUCGGCAACAGUGCUGAAAUCCCAGGGCCUGUUACGGCAGUAGAGGUCAACAAUGGCAACUCUUCUAGCAUCUUUGCAGCUGGUCGCACCGCUGAUGGCUCCUCACCGUUCAUGAUGUUUUGGGAUGGUGUUUCUUGGAGCGAUGUUGGAUCUUCGCUUCAGGCCAACACCAACAUUUCCCAGCUUCUCAUGGUUCCCUUGCUGAACACGCAUUCAACUAACAGCAUCAUUGAAUCCGACCGGAUGUUGAUGAUCUCCGGCGCGCUGACCGACUCUUCGUUCGGUUCCGCAUCCUCUGUUCUCUUCGAUGGAUCGUCAUUUAUUCCUUUUAUGGUGACCAUGACUGCUCAGGGAGCAUUGGGCUCGAUUUCUUCACUGUUCUAUUCGAUCGCAAACUUCAGCUUCACUCAGCAACAGUUCCUCGCAACUGGUAUUGUCAUUCUUAUUUCCAUUGCCAUCGCAGCUGGGGUCGUGUUCCUGCUGGCACUCAUUGGCAUCCUCUGGACCCUACUGUCCCGUCGCGAUGAUAGACUGGCCAAGUUCAAUGCCAGUGAUGACGACGACGAUGAUUCAGUCCAACACCGACCAUCGUCAUUACUGGAGCACAUCAACGCGGCCACCCGAACGACGAUUCUUGGUGCCCCAAGCCCAUUGGAUACUGUCGGCGCCGAGAAGGAGGAGGGCGCGAGGGAAAUCUCAGUCGAGCCUGAUCCAUUUGGACCAGACGGUAGCAACUACUUGCGAGCUGAAACUCCUUCAGACGCAGUUGUAGGAACAAUGGCUGCGGAAGAGGAGUUCAGUCGCCCUGCACACGCUCGCUACUCGUUCGAUGGGACGGGUGAAGGCGAAUUACCUCUGACGGCGGGGUUGGAGGUAGAAGUGUUAGAUGAUCGGGACGCUGCGUGGUGGUACACACGGAACCCGCAAACAGGCCAGGAGGGUGUAGUGCCCGCGGCCUAUCUGUAUUGA